AGCAGUAAUGAUCCACGCGCGGUGCUGGAGAGCAUCACCAUCAUCCACUGAAUACCAACCAGAGCAUCGGGCGGACGUGUCUUACUGACAACAAACACAAAUACAAGGACGUGAGAGCUGGCAUAAAGAACAAAACACUGACAAACCCGCAGCGAAAACUACUGCGUGUGUCGUCGGGCGAACUGCACAAAGAGGCUGUAAGCAGACCGAGUGUGCUACCCAAGUUCGGACCGAUGUGGGGACCGCUGGGCGUUAUCGUCCGGGGUGCCAUGGUUACGCCGUGAGAGGUAAAAAGGUCGUAUUUAGAGUAACACUGUGAUUUUUAACGUGACUGAAAUCAUGGGCUCUAGGCUCAGCCGACAAAACAGUCUCGACAACGAUAAUUUUUCAAGAAGGCGACGGAAGCAUCUAGACAGCACGGGAGAGAGCGAUCGGAGCGGAGACUUCUUGUUUACAUCCCUGAUGCUCAGGUCGGAUAAGCUGCCGGGGGUUCUGAGGAGAGCCAACCACAGCCCGUAUGUCAGACGAGUCGCCUGGGUCCGAGAGAUUCAGAAGCUCCUCCAGGAGAGGAAGAUAGAAGAUGCGACGGACGUGCUCAAACUGUUGAGGAAGGACUUGGGAUUAGAGGGUACGUCACUCAAUGAUAUCCUCUAUAAGAAUGCAUCAUUCCUUAACCUGGUGGACCCCAUAUCUCAUGAGCUCCUGCUUUGUCUGGCUAGAGACAUGCAGUGCCCAAAGAAGGACUCAGAGACUCUGAAGUCGACUGAUAAAAUCUGCAGACAGCUCAUCUACCACCUGACCCCUCACUCCAAGUGGCUUAGAAAAAGUAUGACUCGGCGAAAGGCCCAGGCUUGUCUUAAAACAACACUUCAGAAGAAGCUCUGCAGCGACUCGGUGGACCUCUCUGGCAUCCCUUUAUCAACUCGAGACAUACGGCACGUGGCAUAUUACCUCCAGACCAGUGGGGGCGCUGUGAUAUCCGUAGAUCUUAGUUUCACUGAGCUCCGGGAUGAGGGCCUACGUCUACUUCUGCCCUUCCUGGGUGCAUUGCCCAAACUCACAACACUGGCUCUCAAUGGGAACCGUCUGACUCUUGGCAUCCUUAAAGAUCUGUCUGAAGCCCUCAAAGAAUCCAAGAUGUUCACUUGUCUUGCCUGGAUUGACCUAGGCAACAACGUGGACAUAUUUACCAUGCCACAGUCUCUACUGGUGUCCCUACGGCGACGCUGUAGUCUAAAGAGCAGUCUCCCCACCAUCUAUGAGUACACAGAGGGUCAGCCCUAUUGCUACCGCAUGGAGAGUUCCAUUGAAGAACCCAGCCACUACGAAGAAGAGGAGGAUGAUGAGGAAGAGGAGGACCUGGAGCCAUGGAGCAUUGGGGAACAGAAAAGUUCAGGUAGCUUUAACCUGCGCCAUUGCGAGAGGUGAACCAAUUACGUUCAUCUGACGGGGAUAAAGAAAGAAUGGGAGAGCGCAAGCAAGAGAUUCCUCUUCUCUCUGUACCAUUUCUCCCAAUCAACACCUUUUACCAUCUCCCUCCUCCACCGCAGCUCAAUGACCUUCCCAUUGUGGUUAUGUGUGAACCAACAGCAUCACAUAUAAAGAGCCACCUAACCACCUGAACACAGCGAACGGUGAAAC